UCCAAGUGUCUCAGAAGAUACUACUAAACAAAACACCAGUCAUGUCUGGAGUCAAGGGAGGCCGCAGCCACUGCCAGAAGACUUACUGCCCAGAUCCAUGCCAUCCACAAGUCGUCUGCAAAGAUCCAUGCCACCCACAAGUUGUCUGCAAAGAUCCAUGCCACCCACAAGUCGUCUGCAAAGAUCCAUGCCACCCACACGUCGUCUGCAAAGAUCCAUGCCAACCACUAGUUGUCUGCAAAGAUCCUUGCCAACAAACCGUAUGCUAUGACCCCUGCCAACCUACCCAGCAUUUGCACUGCCAAACUGUGCACUCUUUUCAAAAAGUGUACUAUGACCCAUGCAAUCCCUGCAAUCCUAGCCAAUGCUAUGGAAAGCGCUGAGUACCUCAACCUUUUGAGCAGGACCUGAGUAUUUCAUCAGUCCAACAAAUGUCUUCAAUUCUUCCAGUUCUCUACAGUUUGCUUAUCCUGCCAUAGUUGCCCUGCUACCAAAUUGCUUGUCUUCUGGAUUUAUCUAUUGUGUAGUUAAUAUUAAUUACAUUAAAUUAUCUCACUUUGGCACAA